AUGACUCAAGGCAAGCGGGCUAGGAUUUCCCCUGUGGAGGUUCUUGAGGUUGCUCUGAUUGCUCCCCAAGUCCCUAUUCUUUCUUCUCCUCCGAUUGCUUCAGUAUCGGCUUCAGUCUUAGUUGUGGAGAUUCUUCGAGAAGAAAAUGCUAGAAUGGGUGAGAUGGCUCCUUCCUCUGGAAUGGCUCUAACAAGAGUUUAUGUUUCAGGGGAAGCUCCUUCUGCUGAGGCCGCUAAGGCAGAAUUAUUCCAAGGAGGAGAAGGGCAGCAUGAAAAUCCUCAAGCAGAGAAUGAAUGUGGGAUAGACAAUUUGACUGAGUGGUCAUGGGAACUAACUGUGUUUGGCUUAGUGCGGCCAAAUUUGGGAGUGCUUACUCCUCAACCGCCUUUGCAAGGAGAAAUUGCUUGCCCCCCAGUUCUUGAAGAAACACUGCUAGAAGAUGUUGCCCCUCCUUCAGAACCAGUUUGCGAAAAUGAGGGAUUCUAUGCUGCUGCUCAAGUGUCUCAAGAAGCUGAGCCCGAAACGACAAUACCAAAUCCUGUUCCAAAACCUCCAGUCAGGCCUAUGGAAGGAGAUGGGUUGAGUGCUUCUCAAUCUAAGAGUUCAUGCAGUGACUUCAUAUCCAAGGCUAGGGCUAAAAUUGUACUAGAGAAAUGGUUAGCGCUUUCCUUGGAAGAAAGGGUAAUUGAAGAACAGAAGGUCCGAGUCUUUGGAGCUCUGGGCUCUCUUUGUCGGUCCUACCCAUACUUCGCAGUAUCUUUUGAAGGUGCCAAAGAAGAUCUGGAGGCGUUGGUUGACAAAAUUAAAAAGAAGGGCUCUUCUUCCUAA